UUCUGGCAAUAUCUCUGUUGUUUGCCAAUAAAUCCUCCGACGGGAUGACUACCGCCAACAAAGAUCAACAAUGGGCGGACAGUCCUUGCGAGCUGGUUCAUACACCGCAGUUUCUGACCAAGAAGGAAGAUAUCUGGACAAAAGGCGCGACACACAUGGCACUGCUGCACAAUGCCAUCCUUCGCGGCUUCAACAGCAUAUACCUCCAAGCGCCCUAUGUCAAAGCUGAGGACUAUGCUGCUUUUAUUGGAUACAGUCUAGCCUGGUAUCGAUUUGUCAAGGGCCACCACGACGACGAAGAAGCGGAGCUGUUUCCGAAGGUCGACGAUAUCUUGAAAGAGAAGGGCACAUGGGACGAGACACAUCAAGAGCAUNNGAAUUAUCUGGACACCCUUCCCACAACCUCCUCAUCCGACGGCACCAAGCUGGUCACUAUCAUGGACACCUUCCGAGAAUCUUUCGUACAUCAUUUCCACUACGAAAUCUCCACCAUUGCUUCCUUUGCGAGCCUGCCUAAUGCGCCUCCCGCCGACUCUCCGGAAGCCUUUGCUGCUGCUGCGAUAUUCAAAGCUUGGGGAAAGAAGACUCUCACCAAGGCCGGCAUGACUGAUGUCGUACCAUUCGCUCUCCUCAACCUGGACAGAACCUUCGAAGAUGGCAUAUGGGCUGCCUGGCCGCCUAUGCCUGGUCCUGUCAGAUGGAUGAUGGUCAACAUGUUCGGCAGCUGGAAUUGGAAUUGGUGGAAGUUUGCAAGCUGCGAUGCUCAAGGUAACCCCAGACCACUCUAUGCACGCAGAUAUCAGGAGAUG